UUGAAUAAUAUUUUUCAAAGUUGGAAUUGCAUGUGUUUAAAAUUCAACGUUGUAUGGAUUUGAACAAUACUUUAUAAAGUUUGAAUUCUGCUUGUGUCGAAAAAAAACCUAAAAUCCAAUCAGAUUGAACAGUCUCUUCUCUCACUCCACCUCCAAAUGUCUCUCCAAACUCUCCCCUGCCUCUUUCUGACCACUUUAAUUUUCUUCUACUCAGUUUCAGCCAUCGAUUUCACAUUCAACGGCUUCAACCCGUCCUCACUCCUCACCUUCGGCAACGCCUCAAUCCAAUAUUCUUCAAUCCUCAGUCUCACCAAUGGCGUCUUCUUCUCUCUAGGCCGAGCUCUGUACCCACACCCAAUACCCACUAGACUCCGAAAUUCAUCUCACAUUCAACGGCUUCAACCCGUUAAAAAGAAUUGUGUGAUUUAAACUUUGCUUGUAAAAAUAACUCCAAAAAUUUAUAUGCUUCCAAGUUCCGUACUUAUCUUUUAAAUUUCUCGUCUCUCGCCAUGAAAAGUGACUUGUGCAAGUUAAUCCAAAUGAAUUCAACAUUUUGGUCGGUUUGAAUAAUAUUUUUCAAAGUUGGAAUUGCAUGUGUUUAAAAUUCAACGUUGUAUGGAUUUGAACAAUACUUUAUAAAGUUUGAAUUCUGCUUGUGUCGAAAAAAAACCUAAAAUCCAAUCAGAUUGAACAGUCUCUUCUCUCACUCCACCUCCAAAUGUCUCUCCAAACUCUCCCCUGCCUCUUUCUGACCACUUUAAUUUUCUUCUACUCAGUUUCAGCCAUCGAUUUCACAUUCAACGGCUUCAACCCGUCCUCACUCCUCACCUUCGGCAACGCCUCAAUCCAAUAUUCUUCAAUCCUCAGUCUCACCAAUGGCGUCUUCUUCUCUCUAGGCCGAGCUCUGUACCCACACCCAAUACCCACUAGACUCCGAAAUUCAUCUCACAUUCAACGGCUUCGACCCGUUAAAAAGAAUUGUGUGAUUUAAACUUUGCUUGUAAAAAUAACUCCAAAAAUUUAUAUGCUUCCAAGUUCCGUACUUAUCUUUUAAAUUUCUCGUCUCUCGCCAUGAAAAGUGACUUGUGCAAGUUAAUCCAAAUGAAUUCAACAUUUUGGUCGGUUUGAAUAAUAUUUUUCAAAGUUGGAAUUGCAUGUGUUUAAAAUUCAACGUUGUAUGGAUUUGAACAAUACUUUAUAAAGUUUGAAUUCUGCUUGUGUCGAAAAAAAACCUAAAAUCCAAUCAGAUUGAACAGUCUCUUCUCUCACUCCACCUCCAAAUGUCUCUCCAAACUCUCCCCUGCCUCUUUCUGACCACUUUAAUUUUCUUCUACUCAGUUUCAGCCAUCGAUUUCACAUUCAACGGCUUCAACCCGUCCUCACUCCUCACCUUCGGCAACGCCUCAAUCCAAUAUUCUUCAAUCCUCAGUCUCACCAAUGGCGUCUUCUUCUCUCUAGGCCGAGCUCUGUACCCACACCCAAUACCCACUAGACUCCGAAAUUCAUCUCACCUCCUUCCCUUCUCAACCUCCUUCAUUUUCACUUUCGAUCCGUCCCCUUACCGAAGUGGCGGUCUCGGCGGCCAUGGCUUCGCUUUCAUUUUUGUGCCCACAACUGGAAUCGAAGGCACGAGUUCAUCUCAGAAUCUGGGUCUCUUAAAUUUCACCAAUAAUGGCGACCCAGAUAACCACUUGUUCGCCGUCGAGUUCGACGUGUUCCGGAACGAGGAGUUCGAUGAUAUUAGUGACAACCAUGUUGGGGUCGACGUGAAUUCACUGAAGUCUAUUGCCGCUCAUGAAGCUGGGUUCUGGAGUUGGGAUUCUGAUGGUGAUGGUAAUCCAGACUUUCGGAGAUUGAAGCUUAACAAUGGUGCCAAGUAUCAAGUGUGGAUUGACUAUUUUGAUUCGCAUGUUAACGUUACUAUGGGUUGGGCGGGCAUAGGUAAGCCUAAAAAGCCUUUGAUUAACGUUUCUAUUGAUCUUUCUGAUGUUUUCUUGGAUCAAAUGUAUGUUGGCUUUACUGCUGCCACUGGGCGAUUGGUUGAAAAUUAUAUGAUUUUGUCAUGGAGCUUUAGCAAUUCAAAUUUCUCGAUCGGUGACGCUUUGGUGACGGGGGUUGGGCCAUCGUCUGUUCCUUCGAAUGGUUCGGUUGUUCUUUCGAAAGGGUUGAUCGUGGGGGUUAGUGUUGGUGGGGUGUUUGUUAUUGGAUGUGUAGCUGUGGUGUUUGUGGUUUUGCUUAAGAGAAAGAAAAGGCAAGGGACAGUGAAAUUGGAAGAUUGGGAGUGGGAAUAUUGGCCUCAUCGGAUGGAUGAUCUAGAGAUUUUUGCAGCAACUAAUGGGUUUUCAGAUAAAAAUGUAAUUGGGCGUGGUGGGAAUGGGAAGGUGUAUAAAGGGGUAUUGGUAGGAGGAGAUGAAGUGGCCAUAAAGCGUAUUUCGCUCGGAAGUGAGCAUGGAUUGAGGGAAUUCAUGUCUGAGGUUUCAAGUUUAGGUAGGUUGAAGCAUAAAAACUUGGUAGGAUUUAGGGGUUGGUGUAAGAGAGAGCAAAGAAGCUCAAUUUUGGUGUAUGAUUAUAUGGAAAAUGGGAGUUUGGAUAAGAGGCUUUUUGGGUGUGAAGAUAGUAUGGUGCUGAGUUGGGAAGAGAGGAUUAAGAUCUUAAAAGAUGUGGCUUGUGGGGUCUUGUAUUUGCACGAGGGAUGGGAAGCCAGAGUCUUGCACAGAGAUAUUAAGGCAAGCAAUGUGUUACUCGAUAGGGAUAUGAAUGCUAGGUUGGGGGAUUUUGGAUUGGCCAGAGUGCACAAUCAUGGAGAAUUAUCUAGCAUGACACAAGUUGUUGGCACUGUGGGGUACAUGGCACCUGAAGUUGUUCGAACAGGGCGUGCCUCGGCUCAAACCGAUGUCUUUAGUUUUGGGGUCUUGGUUCUAGAGAUGGUGUGUGGGCGACGUUCCAUCCAAGAAGGGAAGCUAGGGUUGACUGACUUGGUGUCGGGGCUGAUGGAGAGAGGGGAACUGAUUAGUGCUCUGGAUGAGCGGCUAAAGGCCAAGGGUGGGUACAGUGAAGAGGAAGUUGAGAGGGUGCUUCAUUUGGGAUUGUUAUGUGCAAAUCCGGAUCCUAGUAGUCGGCCCACAAUGAGGCAAAUAGUGAAGGCGUUGGAGGGAACCAAUGAGGGUACUGAGUCUGAGGGUGAAGCAAUAGAUGCAAGUUUGCUUGAUGGAAUGAAAACAACAAUGUGGUCUAAGUAUUGUUGGGGCAUUGGCAGAGGACAACCUACACAUGAGGAAAUUAAAAAGGUUCAAUCUUCUUCUAUCAUCUCUCUCUCUGGAUCAGAUAUCUUUACAGAAGGUCGAUAACAUUGUGUUAGUUGCAGUUUUGAUGAUUACAUUAGAUGGGUGGUUUUGUAAAUUCUGAUGAGAAAUCAUUAGUGAUGUUAAAAAUGUUAAAGAGAUAUAAAAGGAACUGUAUUGCUUCUCUCCAGCUUUGUAAAAAUAAAUAUUGAUCUAGCUGAUCAUUCUAAAGGGUACAACGAUUUGUUAUAGAAACAAAACAUGAAUGAAAUAAAAAAAAUAAAAGAGGAGAAACAAAUACAUACCACUCAACUCUCUUGACUAUUUACCUUCGACAUUUGAGUAUUCAUAAUUCC